AUGUGUGGAAAAGAAUUUGUAUCAUUGAAUUCUUUGCAGAGACAUCAGGAUCUCCAUUCCGGAUACAGACCAUACAAAUGUAUUGAAUGUGGCAAGUCAUUUUCAAUGAAUAAAUCUCUUACACAACAUUUAAAAAGGCAUGAAGGUUUAAAACCAUAUCAAUGUACUCUAUGUGACGAAAGUUGUAGCACUUAUUUUGAUUUUAAGUGCCAUAAAAGACUACACAAUGGUGAAAAGCCUUAUAAAUGUGAUAUCUGUGGAGAUCAGUUUACUCAAUUAACUGAUUGGAGAAGACAUAAAAAAACACAUUUUGAAUAUAAAAAUUUUGAAUGCAACGAGUGCCAUAAAAAGUUUGCUAGUAAAACUGGUGUCAAAAAUCAUUUGCAAACACACUUUGAAAAAAUUAAAAAACAUAAAUGCAAAGUUUGUAACAAAAAAUUCUCGCAAAAUACUCAAUUGUAUGCACAUGAAAAAAUUCAUAAAGACUUUAAACCAUAUGUUUGUAACAUAUGUAAAAAGAGUUUUAUUUCUCGUCAGAAUUAUACUAAUCACUUAAAUCAACACACAGGUGCCAGACCAUUCGUUUGUGAUUUAUGCGGAAAAUCAUAUCCAGCAAUUGUAUCUCUGAAUAGGCAUAAAAAAAUCAAUCAUAAAUGUGAUAUUUGUAGUAAACUCUACAGCGACCCCAAAGAACUCAAGGUUCACAAGACUACUCAUGAAGAAUUUAAACUGAGGCAGUAUGCAUGCAAAUUGUGUGACAAAGCAUUUAAAAAUCAACCAGCUUUGGACAAACAUCAAUUAACUCAUCUAGUCGAAAGACCAUUUAAGUGCGACCUUUGUCCUAAGUCUUAUAUAAAUAUUACUGUUCUGGCAAUUCAUAGAAGAAAACACACCGGUGAGAGACCAUAUAAAUGCAAAUUAUGUAAUAAGACAUAUCCCCAAAUAAGUUCACUAACACGACAUGAAGCCAUUGUACACAACAAAUAA